AUGUUUCAACUCCUAAUGGAUUUACCAAUGCCAAUGAGCUAUUAUUAUAUGGAAAUUGUUUGGCCACAGUCUUAUCCAUAUUGUGUAUGGUGGACAUGGUGUGAAUUUUCACUGAAUGCUAUCAGUUUGUUUCUAAUGACAUGGAUUUCCAUUGAAAGACAUAUGCUUAUUUUUCAACCAAAUACGAUGCUUCAAAAGCCAUGGAAAAAAUGGAUGUUUCAUUUCAUACCAAUUAUUCUUUGUUUCAUUUACACACCAACACUUUAUUUUGUUCUAGUAGUCGUUAGUCCAUUUUGUACGACUUUAUGGGAUUAUAACUAUCUUAAUUGUGGUCCUCCGUGUUAUUUUACGACGAACUUUCUCGGUCAGUUUGAUUUCAUUUUCAAUGUGGCUAUUCCCGUCUUCAUAAUUACACUCGCAAAUUUAGCAUUAUUAAUUCGAAUAAUCUAUCAAAAGAUGUCUCGCAAUCAAAUAAUACGAUGGCAACGUCAUCGCAAAAUGUUACUUCAGUUAUGGAUUGUUUCAUCACUUUAUAUGGGAUGUUGGCUACCUGUGACGAUAGUAUGGAUUGUCCAAACAACUGUAAUGCCUUCAUUUAUGGCUGAUCAAAUGGACAUCAUUUUGUUCCUUAUCUAUUUGAUUCCACUUUUUUUGCCAAUAAUAUGUCUUAGUACACUUCCCGAUUUAGUCAAGAAAAUAGUGAAUUCUGUUGCAAAACCAGCUUGGAAUGUUGUUGGCAUAACUAAUAAUACCUGA